AUGCUCGGUUUGACCGAGGCUGUCCUGGGUUUCAGAACACGUGUUCUACACAAAAUGGCUGCCGUGGUUUAUGUUAGCCGUCAUUUUAAAUCAUGCAUGUUAUAUUCUCAUCUUUGGAAGUCUUUUGUUUUAUUUGAAACGAAACAUAAAUAUAACUCAAGCGUAUGCAGACUGAGUUUUUACAGUGGACAGAGAUGGCAUACUCAGCGACAAUUAUCAACGACAAAAGUCGGUAUCUCAGAGUUAGAGAAUAUUACGUCACCUCGAAGAUUUGAUUACCCCGACAGAAAUCGCAGAAUCAUGAUCGUACUACAGAAGAAGAAAGGUGAGCAAGUGCGUCAGCUUCACGAGGAAGACUUGCUAAACUACUUCUCCAUGUACGGAGAAAUAAGCAACGUGAAAUGGGUACGAAGUAAAGAAGAAGAUCAAGAUACCGGCAAGGGAUUUGGGUUCGUGUCAUUCAGCAAUGUUCCGUCGUUCCAGGAAGCUGUUGCCUCAAAAUAUCAUACAAUAAAGGGCAGGCCCGUGCUUGUGUUCCCAGCAACGAAGAGGGCAGACUCGCAGCCUUCAAAGGUGGCUCCUCAAACAGCAGUGGUACCUGAUCAGCAGGCGUCAGCAUCCGGCAGGAUUGCCUCUGACACAGUUCUUAAACUUGAUCGGGUGGGGUCUGAAGGGACAUCUGAAAAAACUAGCUCCAAGCCCAUGGUAGUGCCUGAUUUCACUGAAUCAGCAUCAAUGAAGGUAGCACCAGAGUCAGCUGCCACAUUUGAUCAAAGGGUAUCUGCAGCAGUGCCUCAGAGGACAGCUUCUGAGUCAGGGGUGACCCCCAAAGAAACAAGGUAUUCUUCUAUCAACAUAGCUCAACAGGCAAUGCUAGGGCAGGAAGCUUCACAAGAAGGGGCUUUAAGCACAGCUCCUGGAUCGGUGAAAGUUUUGCAAGGUCCAGAAUCUGGAAAAGUGAGACUUACGGGUAAAGCUUCACUGGCAAGUCCUGAAGACCAGAAACGAAAGAUUUUAGUGACACAGCGCAAAGGUUGCAAAGGUAAAAUGACAGUGAAAUCUGUACAUGAUUAUUUUUCAGUAUUUGGCAAAAUUGAACAAGUUCAAGAAAACAGUGACCUUGUCUAUGUCACAUUUGAAGGUGCCAAUAGUGUUGAACAUGUUAUGACGAUCACAAACCAUAGGAUUGAUGAUAUGAUGGUGCUAGUGUCUUUAGCAUAUUCCAAUAAACAGAGGAAACAGUUGCGGAUUGAGAAAGCGCUUGAUGAUGUUAAAAUGAAUCAAAAUCCUAGAGACAUCAAAAUUGCUGAACGAGAAGGACGAAAAAUUGUGAUCAUGACUCCUUCCAGGUUCAAAGAAUCCAUCGGCAAAGAAAUGUUGGAGAAGUAUUUUUCCUCAUAUGGAGAAAUUGAGGAGAUAUUUGUUUUGAAAUCCAAAGGUUAUGGCUUUGUAAUAUUUAAAGAGGCAUGUGAUGCUGAAAAGAUCUUGAAGAUUCGAAACCACAACAUUGGAAAUGUUGAGAUUUAUGUAAAAUUGUCACUGGCUUCACGACACAUUACUCAAAAUGAGCCAAAGAGGAUCAUUGUAACUAACAUUUCUGAAGAAACUUCAGAAAGGGAAAUCAGGAAACACUUUGGACAAUUUGGAAAAGUGGUAGAAGUUGUGUUUGCAAAUGCUCCAGAUGGUGGAAAGAGGCCAGAUUCUUGCAUAGUUGUCUUCGAUUCCAUUGAUGGUGGAGUUGAAUCUGUUGUUGAUGAAUCCCAUCAAAUCCCUACUCAAAAAGAUGCACUUGUUGUCAAACUUUCAGAAGACAAAGUGACACUUGUAGCUGAACUGCCAAAACUCUAUGUGAGUAAUGUUCCUGAGAGCAUGACACUAGAAAUGGUGCGAUCUUACUUUGAAAAGUUUGGAUUGAUACAGCACCUUGGUUUUACAAGUUACAAGUCUGAGGAAGCAAUAACUAACUUGAAUGGUAUUUCACUGGCAUUUUGCGACGAGUCAGUCCUUGAAAAGACUUUGCAGAAAACUUUCCAUGAAAUAAAUAAAUUUAAGGUGAAGGUUGUUAGAGCGCCCCUGAUGUUAUCUCCUUCUGACUGCCUUAGUUUAAGAAUUCUGCUGACAAGCUUACCAUCAGGUACUGAUGAACAUGUCAUAAAAGACUAUCUUCAUCAACACUCCUGCAGAGUGAAAACUGUGAAAUUAAUUUCACCGACAGUUUGUUUUGCCGAUUUGUGGAACUUGCGAGACGUGGACAGGCUUGUGGAAGUGGCAUCCAAGCAACAGCAUGUCAUUGGUGGAAGUCCAGUUUCACUUCGUCGCUUCUACUGGGUCAAGAAACAGGAGGAAAGACUUUAA